CGAGAGAGUCUUGCCACUUCCGGUUACAUGACGACGGCGUCGAUACAAAAAAGAGAGAAGGAAAACAGGAAAAUAUCUCUUUCUUGGCGAGAACACUGGAAACUUAACAUAAAUAGCUUGACGUAUACCAACUGGUUGUUUAUGUGGGCGGUGAAACCAACCAUCGACCUCUAGUCUGCGUGGUUUGACAACCUCUGAUCGGUUAAAGAUCACAAAUAUUUGGAGUUUAUUGUUCUUCGCCUGCUCCCUCCAGCUAAGCUAUUUCUGUGUUGCCCUACCUAGCCGCACUAGCUACCAUUAGCUAACGCUGGGUGCCAGCACAGUGAGUGUGUACUUAGUUCUGAAUUAGCACUCGGGCUAGAAAAGAAAAUAAAGCGCCGCUAAUCCGUUCAGUUUGCAGCUGGACUCCGGUAACCUCUGCUAGCUCGGUGACCGUAGUUCAGCGAGAAUGGCAACGUCGGCUCUGUACGCCUGUACAAAGUGUAACCAGCGGUAUCCCUUCGAGGAGCUGUCGCAGGGCCAGCAGUUGUGUAAGGAGUGUCGCAUUGCACAUCCAAUAGUGAAGUGCACAUACUGCAGGUCUGAGUUUCAACAGGAAAGUAAAACUAAUACAAUCUGCAAGAAAUGCGCCCAGAACGUCAAACAGUUUGGAACACCCAAACCCUGUCAGUACUGUAACAUCAUUGCCGCUUUUAUUGGGACAAAGUGCCAGCGUUGUACCAACUCAGAGAAGAAAUAUGGACCUCCACAGACCUGUGAGCAAUGCAAACAACAAUGCGCCUUUGAUCGCAAGGAGGAGGGAAGAAGAAAGGUGGACGGGAAACUGCUGUGCUGGCUUUGUACUCUGUCCUACCGCCGCGUCCUGCAGAAGACUAAGGAGCAGAGGAAGGGCUUUGGCUCCUCCAACUCCUCAUCCCUGAACGAAAAAGACCAUCACUCCAGACCUCAUCACCACCACCACCACCAACACAGACACAGCAGUUCUCAUCACAAGCUGAGUGGAAGCUUGAGUCCUGAACAGGAGCAGGGACUGUGGAAGCAGAGCCAUAAAUCGUCUUCAAUCCAGAAGGAGACUCCAAAGAAGAAACCAAAACUGGAGAUGAAGCCAUCCAACGGGGACAGUAGUUCCAUCACCCAGUCGAUGGACUCUGGAGGAACAGACAACUUCAUUCUCAUCAGCCAGCUGAAAGAGGAAGUGAUGUCUCUGAAGAGACUUCUGCAGCAAAGGGAUCAGACCAUCCUGGAGAAGGACCGAAAGCUCACAGAGAUUAAAGCUGACUUUCAGUACCAGGAGUCCAAUAUGAGAGUCAAGAUGAACCAAAUGGAGAAAUCACACAAAGAGUCAAUGGAGCAUCAGCAGUCCAAGAACAGGGAGUUGAUGAAACAAGUUGCGGCCCUCUCUAAGGGAAAGAAGUUUGACCGGACAGGAAGUUCUCUGCUGCUGCCCUAACAAUAGGCCGGCCAGCUGGUACCAACACAGAGCGGCUUCAUGUAACACUGAAAGUCUCCCUCCUGUGUUUACUCAUUGCCAUUGACAUCAGUUACUUCUAAAUUCUAGCCAGACACCAUGUUGUACAUGGUAAACAAAUGUUGAACUAAAGAAACCUUUCUCUAAAUGUCAACUUAUUUUAAAUUUUUUACAGCGAUUUUUUUCCCACAGGCUGUUAUCCUGUGGAUGGAGGAUGGAGCCCUCGUUUUUAACACUGCCGGGCCAAAACAAAAAGCAUGGUGUGCAUAUGUGGAUAUUAUUCUGUUCUGUGUAUCCACUUAAUUUUUAAGAAUGUCAUGCAAUUUAUUUAUUCAAUUAUAUUUCUUAGCUUUUUUUAUUUCCUCACAACAUACUAAGAGAAUAUCCCACAUUUGGGGGUUUUCUUCAAUAGGGAUUAGUUCUAUUUUUCUAAAUUGAUUGUGGGGGAUACGUUCUCCUAAAUGGAGACCCUGUGCAACUUAACAAUGUAUGCAAAUGUGGGAAGGGUGACCACUGAGCUGCUGCUCAACAGGAGAGAACUCCUAACUCUCUCAGUAACAACUCAUAAAUCAACCAAUGAACACUUUGACAGGCUGUCUGAUAGAGUGACGCCUCUUGGCUGCCCUCUCUCUCACUGUGACAGCUGUAGUGAUUUGCUGUUUCUCUUAAGUGGAACGUUUGUAAUACUGCAUGAUUUUACUGCCAGACACGGGUUGGCAUUGUGGUCGGACUUAUUUUAUCCCUCCCUUUAUAUUAGUUUUCUAAGAAUCACUUGUAAAUGUAUUUCUGGGGUCAGCCGUUGUAUUUAAACUGUUGCUUGUAUCUGUUUUAGUGAGUACAGUAUGUGUAUAGUAAGGCCAGUUGAAAUUAACAUGUCUGUAGAAGAUGCUUUUUAAAGGAACACACCUUUCACCUUGCAUAAUUGGGCUGGUUUCAUACUGUGGCGUCCAGGAUCACUUUUGUACUUUUUUCCAAACCAACUGUUUUAAAACUAUUAAAACUGGCUAAACUGUUA